AUGUCCUUGAAAUCUGGUUCAGCUCAUUGCCCAACAGAGCAAACAAAAGCCGGAACGCCAAAAGAGGUUAUUCAACCAUGUGAACCAACAAAGCCGCCCAAACGUCAGCUGAGCCAGCGAGGCUACGACAAUUUGGUGAUAUUCUUGACGACGCUUCUCAUAUUUGAAGAAACCGGGGUGCCUUAUGUUCUUCGAGCCGACUCCGCGAUCGACCUGGACACUCCAAAACGGCUUCGUCUUCGGCUUCUCCUAUUUACCUCGGUCAACGAGAGCUUUCUUGUCGCGUUAUUGUUCUUCGCCUUUGGUCAACUCGAUCAGCGAAAGCCGUCGACAACAUUCUCUUCUCCUGCCAAACCAGGCACAUGGGCUUUAGCAUGCUUUCAAAGAAUUCUACCGGCAAUCGCUUCCAAGCUUUUUCUCGAAAUGAUACAUUUAACGGUACCAUCCACGGUCGAGUGUUUACGAUAUCAGACCUCGACCGUUAAUCCUAUCGUCUUCUUCCCUAUCCUACUUUUGGCAUUUGAUUUUACAGUGUCGACUCUCAUUGAGCGACUUGGGCGUUCCAGGAUCGCGGCAUACUUCGAGCAGUUCAAAAUGGACCGGAUAAAACUCGUCCCGGUAUAUUGGCUACUACUUACCGAGGUGGAUUUCUUGGUUCGCUCACAGUUCCCAAUCGACGUUCUAUCAAUAUCGGCCUUCCGACUGACAGAUGUACCAAAAUACUUCUUUGCGUACGUUUGGGGCCGCCUAUCCGUUUCAACAGGGGAUAUAUACAUCCUUGCCAUUACUCCGGUUUUGCAACUACCGAUUAUCUCCAUGGCACUCUCGGUCCUAUUCAGCAACCUUGCUUUGCUGGACUUACUCUCGGCGGCGAUCCCCAAUCUCGCAAAAAAUGACAUUCUUUCCGAAAGCGUCGAGAGUGCUCUCCGAAAGAUGGGAGGAGGCUGGACCUUCCAUGCCGUCAUGUAUAGCGUCUGGAGGAAUCUGAGUUUCGCGAGCAUUGCACCCACGCUCUUGGCCACGUUCGUGGAACGUACGGAUCAGGAUUUCUGGGUCACCAUUCCCGGUCUCGGAAGGAGAUUGCUGAGGAAGUAUGCAUACGCCGCAUUCCUGCUCUACAUACCCGUCAGCAGGCUCGUUCAAGCCGGCAUUGACAUGAUAAACGCGCGGGUGUUGGGAGGAAUUGAAGUGGUGCGUGUACUUGAAUCACACAGUUCUAUUGGCUCGGCGCUGGUGAUUGUUUUCUUUGGGUCUUUGAACACGAUUCUGGCGUGGACGAUGGGGUGCAUGGUGGUCGAAUGCAUACCGUACGCGAGCCAGAUUCUGUAA